CGACCUUCCCUUUCUCUGUCUCUGAUCUCUUCGCUCAAGUUGCCGGAUCGAAGCAAAGGUGCCCGAGGUAGAAGGAAGGGAGAGAGGAGAAAGAUCGAGCAAGAUUAUAGCUGGUUUUCGUUAACCCUUUUACGCAAGCAAAGAUUACAGAUUCGAUCUCGUUAACCCUUAAAGGGAUGCGGGCUCGGCCCCGCCACUGUUGUUGUUGUUGCUGUUGCUUCUCUCUUUAACGAUGCGCAGGAUGUCUUUCUAGUGGAGAGCGACAGUGCCCGCGUCGUCGUUCUCGUUUCCAAGUAAAGAGCAGAGAUGGCGCCGCCCGAGGAGGGCAGCAGUGGGACGGGGCUCACCCUCGAGGAGAUCAAGAACGAAGCUGUUGAUCUUGUGAGGAUCCCCAUCGGGGAGGUAUUCGAGCUGUUGAAAUGCACCGAUAAGGGCUUGACCACGGAGGAGGGGCAGCAUCGUCUCCAGAUCUUUGGCCCAAACAAGUUGGAGGAAAAGAAGGAGAGCAAGCUCCUCAAGUUCUUGGGCUUCAUGUGGAACCCCCUGUCCUGGGUCAUGGAGAUCGCCGCCGUCAUGGCCAUCGCUCUUGCCAACGGAGGAGGAAAGCCACCGGAUUGGCAAGAUUUCGUGGGUAUCGUCGUUCUGCUAUUCAUCAACUCCACUAUCAGUUUCAUUGAAGAGAACAAUGCUGGGAACGCAGCAGCUGCUCUCAUGGCGGGUCUUGCUCCAAAAACCAAGGUGCUUCGAGAUGGGAGAUGGAGUGAGCAGGACGCUUCGAUUCUUGUGCCAGGGGACGUGAUCAGCAUCAAGCUCGGCGACAUCGUCCCCGCCGAUGCCCGGCUUCUUGAAGGGGACCCUCUGAAGAUCGACCAAGCCGCCCUCACCGGCGAGUCCCUGCCCGUCACCAAGAACCCCGGCGACGAGGUCUUCUCCGGCUCGACCUGCAAGCAAGGUGAGAUCGAGGCCAUCGUCAUUGCCACCGGCGUCCACACCUUCUUUGGGAAGGCAGCCCACUUGGUGGACAGCACUAACAACGUCGGCCACUUCCAGAAGGUUCUUACGGCUAUCGGCAACUUCUGUAUAUGUUCCAUCGCUAUAGGCAUGUUAAUCGAGAUCUUGGUGAUGUACCCCAUCCAGCGCCGUCGGUACAGGGAUGGGAUCGACAACCUGCUGGUGCUCUUGAUCGGCGGCAUCCCCAUUGCCAUGCCCACUGUCCUGUCCGUGACCAUGGCCAUCGGUUCCCACAGGCUGUCCGAGCAGGGUGCCAUCACUAAGCGCAUGACUGCCAUCGAGGAGAUGGCGGGAAUGGACGUCCUUUGCAGCGACAAGACCGGCACCCUCACUCUCAACAAGCUCACCAUCGACAAGAACCUCAUCGAGGUGUUCGUCAAGGGACUGGAGAAGGACAUGGCGAUGUUGCUUGCGGCAAGGGCGUCGAGGGUUGAAAACCAGGACGCCAUCGAUGCUGCCACCGUCGGAAUGCUGGCAGACCCUAAAGAGGCAAGAGCAGGCAUCAAGGAGGUUCACUUCUUGCCUUUCAACCCGGUUGACAAGAGGACGGCCAUCACCUACAUCGAACAAGACGGCUCUUGGCACCGUGCCAGCAAAGGUGCACCCGAGCAGAUAGUGGAGCUCUGCAAUUUGAGAGAGGAUACCAAGAAGAAGGUUCACUCCAUCAUCGAUAGGUUUGCUGAUCGUGGUCUCCGCUCACUGGCAGUCGCAAGACAGGUGGUGCCUGAGAAGACGAAAGAAAGCGCAGGAGGUCCAUGGCAGUUCGUUGGUUUGUUGCCUCUGUUUGACCCGCCUCGACACGACAGCGCCGAGACCAUCCGGCGGGCUCUCAACCUGGGCGUCAACGUCAAGAUGAUCACCGGCGAUCAGCUUGCCAUCGCCAAGGAGACUGGGAGAAGGCUGGGCAUGGGCACCAAUAUGUACCCUUCCUCCACUCUGCUGGGCCAGAGUAAGGACCAGUCAAUUGCGGCUCUCCCUGUCGAUGAAUUGAUUGAGAAGGCCGAUGGCUUCGCUGGCGUCUUCCCAGAGCACAAGUACGAGAUCGUGAGGAAACUACAGGAGAGGAAGCACAUCUGUGGCAUGACUGGAGAUGGUGUCAACGAUGCUCCUGCACUCAAGAAGGCUGACAUUGGCAUCGCCGUCGCAGACGCCACCGAUGCAGCCAGGGGUGCAUCAGAUAUCGUACUCACUGAACCUGGUUUGAGCGUCAUUGUUAGUGCUGUCUUGACGAGCAGGGCCAUCUUCCAGAGGAUGAAGAAUUACACUAUAUACGCCGUGUCCAUCACGAUCCGUAUAGUUCUCGGUUUCAUGCUCAUUGCUCUUAUUUGGAAGUUUGACUUCUCCCCUUUCAUGGUUUUGAUCAUCGCCAUUCUCAACGAUGGGACGAUCAUGACGAUCUCAAAGGACAGAGUGAAGCCAUCGCCCCUGCCGGACAGUUGGAAGUUGAAGGAGAUCUUUGCCACCGGUAUUAUACUCGGAAGCUACCUCGCCAUGAUGACGGUCAUCUUCUUCUGGGGUGCUCAUGAGACUGACUUCUUCUCCAAUACAUUUGGUGUCAGAUCGAUUAGAGACAGCAAUUACGAAUUGACAGCCGCUCUUUACCUCCAAGUAAGUAUAGUGAGCCAGGCCCUCAUCUUCGUGACACGUUCAAGGAGCUGGUCCUUCAUCGAGCGCCCUGGCCUCUUGUUGGUCGGCGCCUUCUUCAUUGCCCAGCUGAUUGCAACGUUCAUUGCUGUCUAUGCUAACUGGGGCUUCGCACGAAUCAAAGGAAUGGGAUGGGGAUGGGCAGGAGUGAUCUGGCUCUACAGUGUUAUCUUCUACAUUCCCCUUGACAUCCUCAAGUUUGCAGUCCGCUAUGGUUUGAGUGGGAAAGCCUGGGAUUCCUUGCUCGAAAACAAGACGGCCUUCACAACGAAGAGGGAUUACGGGAAAGGAGAGAGGGAGGCGCAGUGGGCUCUUGCACAGCGCACCCUCCAUGGGCUUCAAAACCCCGAGGUUUCUGACCUUUUGAACGAGAAGAACAGCUACAGGGAACUGUCAGAGAUUGCAGAGCAGGCAAAGAGGCGUGCCGAGGUCGCCAGGUUACGAGAGCUUCACACACUUAAGGGACAUGUAGAGUCUGUUGUCAAGUUGAAGGGCUUGGAUAUAGACACCAUGCAACAACACUACACUGUUUAAGAGAGUACUGCUACUACUGAGAGUAAGGAAAUGGCGGUAUCUGCUGGGAGGCCUGAGAGGAAUCUAACAGGUAUAUAGGUUCUGUUUUGCAGUGUCUAAAUGAUGUGGUAGGUGGAGAGAAAUAAGUAAAGGCAUGGAUUGGUGUCUACGGGUGUGCCUUGGGCGAAACAGGCAAAUGUGAGUGGGGGUGUUCUUCUGCUCUUGAGUACUUUUAGUUGCUAUCUUCUACCGAAUGGCCAUAUCUUGUUUCUUUCUCAGUUGUAUAGAAGAAUGAUGGCUUGAUAUAGUUUCCUUUCUGCUUUUGCUGUUAAAUUUUGAUGACCUUCUAUAAAAGGUUCAACUGGCAAUAGUGUUGCAGGUAGUCUAUUUUGAGAUUGUGUUAAUUGGUUUUCUAAUGUACGGGAUCUGACUUUAA